GCACCAAAGUUGUCUCCAAUUUCACUAGUCACUACAUACCGUACACAAAAAGCCCAGAUUGUUAACAAGAUGAUUUACAGUUAUUAGUUUUCAUAUUCAAUAUUGUGCUGGGUAGCUAGCCGCCCUUCGCAAAUUUGCCACUUCGCUUUGCCCAUCCCCUAAUCCGCCGCUCAGUCAACUCAUCUCCCAGAGCAAUACAUUCUCAGUACUAUCAGCAGGUUACUUCUCAGCUCCGACCACCGCCGCCAUAGCCACCCGCUUUGGCGGAGUUCCAGAUAAAGUUCGCAUUUUUUCCCUUCUCAAGUUGUGAUGGGAAGUGAUACUGAUGACCAAGAGAAAAGAAUCGCGGCCCUUUACUACCCGCCUGCCACUUCAUCAUCAUCUUCCCCAACUCAGCCGCUGCUCUUCAAGCCGCCGCUACACGAGCCCACCUCCUACCCUAAUCCAGAAUCUGACCCGACCCAGUUCCUCCAGAUCUCUUACAACUCCGGUCACCGGCCGUUCAAGGACCUGCCCUUUCUCAUCCUCUUUCUCCUGGUUCUUCUCUGCACUAUCGGAUUCGGCAUCUUCUCAAUCGUCCACGGAAACCCCAAUUACGGCAACCUUUCAUCCUUUACUUUCGACUCCCGAUCGGCAUCCUGCGUUCCCGCCAGCCCCAAUUCAGCUUCCACAGUCGAAAGUUUCUACUAUUUCCUCGUCAAUUCGUUGCGCUCCAGUGGGUUCACCAGCGGGCUGAUAUGGGCAAUCGUUAUCACAGUGAUUCUCACUGGACCCAUCUGCUUUCUACUGCUUUUCUCUCUCAGGCAUUACACCAAAUACCUUGUGUACGCUUCUCUCCCCUUCUUCAUCGUCAUGCCGGUUUUCUUUAACAUCUACUGGUUCGUUGCAUGCACGGUUAGCUCGUCCUGCAGCGAUGACCUACCACUUGGUUAUAGAAUUUUCGUCAUGUCCCUCAUAGUUGUGGUGAUUGGGGUCCUGGUUUGGGUUCUAGUUGUGAAUUGGUAUCGGGUUGAGCUGACUAUAAGCAUAAUUGGGGUUGCCGCCGAUGCCCUGUACAAGAAUUUGGGCUUGUUUGUGGCUCUGCCAAUGUUGUCGUUUGGUUUGGUGGUGUACUAUGCUCCCAUUGUGGUGUUCUUAGUGUUUGCGAGGUUUAAUGGCAAGAUUGUGCCCAAGGAAUCUAAUGGGGAGUAUCAUUGUGGUUGGAAGGAAGAUAGUUGGGUGCCUGCUUACUAUACGCUGGGGGUUGUGACAUUGUUGUGGUCUUCUGCAAUAAUGAUGGAAGCUCAAGUUUAUGUGAUCAGUGGGACUAUUGCUCAGUGGUACUUCUCUAAGAACGAUUCCCCUCCAAAACGUGGCAUAAGAACUUCAUUGAGGAAUGCGUUUGGCCCAUCUUCAGGCAGCAUAUGUUUCUCUGGUUUAAUUAUGUUUAUUGUUCGCAUGGUGAGAGGUGCCGUUGAUAGUGCUAAACGAGAAAAUAGUCCGGGGGUUGUAAAUCUCGUUCUCCGAACUUGUGCCAAUCUAUUUCUCUCUUCAAUCGAAUUUCUGAACAAGUUCACCAUCAAUUUCGUGGCAAUAACUGGUGAAGCCUACUGCACUUCUGCGAGAAUGACUUACGAACUCCUGAAACGUAACCUUCUCUCAGCUGUCCUGGUGGAGGUUAUCUCCACUCGUAUAUUGGCUGGCAUCACGUUCGUACUCUCAGCUGUGUAUGCAAUUGUGGUGUGUGCAAUACUGAAGGGUGCUAUGAGUCUCGGGACUGAUGCAUACUACGUCGCGAUCCUUGCAUGGUUGGUGCUGAUUGUGGUGUUGGGCUUCUUUGUACAUGUGUUAGACAACGUGAUCAACACGAUUUACAUAUGUUAUGCGAUAGAUAGGGACAGAGGUGAAGUGUAUAAGUCGGAUGUUCACGAGGUUUAUGUGCAUUUGCCCAUCAGUAGAAACCAGAGGCCGAGCUUGGCUACUGAUGCAGUUGUAUGAGCAUAAUGAACUACUGCAUUAUCUGCAGAGGGUUUCUUUCUAACUUUCUGUAACGUCGUUUAGUGUUUUGUUCUUCCUUGACGAGGUGAGAGUUCAUGAUUGCACGGACCUGUGAAUAUACCUUUUGGGUUGCUGCUGCUGCAUUGUAAAUUUUUGAAGCUUGUAAGCAAGACGGGGAAAAGAUAUGGAUUCGAACGCGAAACAGAUUACCUUUAUUGUAAUAAAAGAGAGCGAAAAGGGAAACGGGAAGAGAGGAACCAAAGAAGGGGAAUGCUUGAGAGGGGGAUGUUUCUGAACAUUGUGAAGUUAACCGUUCUUUGGUUAUUGACUGCAUUUGAGAGGCCGAAAGGCUUCUAGUGUUUCGAAUGUUAUAUGCAAAGUUAGUCUUUUGACUCUGUUUCUCCUUCUGCUAAUAUUUUAGGAGAACGUGAUAAUCACAUACAUUUUUUAUGGGGGUUGGAUAAAACGAUUUGGAUUUG